UUUUCGAAUGAUGCAAUUAUUUGUUUCAGUGUAGGUUUACGAAAAAUGGACUCGGAUGGAUGUUUAAACGAAUUUAAUAGUUGAUUAAAUAAUAUUUCCCCUUGUUCGUUCGUCGAAAUAAAGGCAAUGGACACCUUACGCAACAGGUACUCCACCGAUGAAAACGCCUCAACGAGUGCUGCUGAUGCUGAUGCGUGUGGCGAAUGGGACAGCUUCUGUCGGCUGUGUUUCGAUUGCAGCAUAGAUAUGCUGCAAAUAUUCCCGGGGAACGCUAGACCCGAUCGGGACCUACUCUGGAAAGUGCUGGAAUGCACAACGCUGAAGCUCAAUUUCGAAGAUGAUUCGAGCGCACAGAUUUGCAAACAUUGCAUCGACAAGAUGGAUGACUUCUGUGACUAUCGAAUGCUGUGCCUUCGGAACGAUCGGCAGAUCAAACGGAAACGGCAGCUGCAACAGCAAAACACCUAUUCGCGAUCGCGGAAGGUAGAAGUCAUUCCUAUCGAGCAGCUUCCCCCGACGUAUGAGAUUACCCCACCGAGCUCGAUCAAGCGGCGAAAGCUUUCAAGUCACGAACAAGCUGUCGAUAUGGAUGACCCGCUCGAAGAUUUCUUAGACGCUGGUGAAGCCGAAGAUGAACUCGCCGAGGACCAUGGAAGGAAUGAAAGCGAAAAUGAGGAAGAAUUGGAGCCGAAUUCAAGUUUCACUAUCAAGCGUGAACAGUGCUAUGUGCAGGGAACCAGACAGGGUAUCGAGGUGGAAAUAGAGUUUCAAAACAGUACUAGGCCUGGUUCUGCAGAAGCGGAAGAACGCAUGAGUGAUGAAAUUGAUCACCAAGAAGCUCAACAAGUACGGGAAAAGAAAAAGCGGACAAGAAAAAUAUUACUGUACGAAGAGCAUGCCUAUCAACUUUUAUCAUCUCGGCCAAGAUGUGAUUCAAUCACGUGGGGAUGUAUAUUCAGGAAAAGUAGAGAUUGCAAGGCAACUAUCGGCACGAAAGCUAGCGGACAAAUAUUGGGCAACCUUAUACCGCAGCAUAACCACCUGGCGGAACCUUUCGAAAACAAAAAACCGAAAGCUGUGCUCAUCAACGCUUUCCGGGACGUUGAAAACAUCUAUCUGGAGGAGCCGUACGAAAUAAUGAAGAACCGUUUGGGGGGCGAUGUGCUGAUGUACACCGGCGAUCGCUAUUCGUAUUCGCAUAGUCGCAAAGAUGGAUGCCGCAUCUGGAAGUGCACCACCCAUCGGGGCUGCAUGGUAAACAUCUAUCUGCUGCCUGAUGGACGGAUCUACAAACUGGAAAACGCAUCCCACACAGACGAGAAAAUCCAACUUCGAAGAAGUCUGCCACCGGAUCAGCAGCUGAGUCUGAGCGACUUGUCCGGCAACAUUGAAGAACGCUUUCCGAAUCCUAAGGGAACGUUCAACUACAAGAUCAUCAAGAACAUGAACAAACGCAACGUGUUGAUCUACGAGGGCGAUCGGUACACUUUCUACUAUCGGAAAACGAACGGAUGGAUCGUGUGGCGAUGUACCGUUUCCAAGGCAUGUCAGGCGAUGAUCUACCAGCUUGCGGAUGAGUCCGUUGUCGUGCUGGGCGAAACAACCCACAACCAUCAGAAGACGAUCGGCGAUUAGAAGGUAGGAAGCUUUAUAUUUUUUUAGGUCAAUAGAGAAUGAAGUACGAA